GGGGCCCCAAUUUCAGGUGCAAUUAAAUGACACCAGGGACUUGCUGAAUUGAACAUAUUGGUGUUGAAUUUUGCACUUCAUGAAAUUAUAAUUUGAAGUACCUAAUUACUCAAUACAUCUUGUGAAUGAUUUUAAUAUUGUGAAUAAUUUUAAUUUUGCUAUUGAGUAAUAGCAAUACUGUUGACUUACAGGUAGAGUGUUCAAUGGAUCAGGGAAACCCAUUGACAGAGGGCCAACUGUAUUGGCUGAAGAUUUUCUAGAUAUUAUGGGUCAACCUAUAAAUCCACAGUGUCGUAUAUACCCAGAAGAAAUGAUCCAAACUGGAAUCUCGGCAAUAGAUGGUAUGAACAGUAUUGCUAGAGGACAGAAGAUUCCCAUAUUUUCAGCAGCAGGCUUGCCCCAUAAUGAGAUUGCUGCCCAGAUCUGCCGUCAAGCUGGACUGGUUCAAAAAUCCAAAGACGUCAUGGACUACAGUACAGAGAAUUUUGCUAUUGUAUUUGCGGCUAUGGGUGUUAAUAUGGAAACUGCAAGAUUCUUCAAGUCUGACUUUGAAGAAAAUGGAUCAAUGGACAAUGUCUGUCUCUUUUUGAAUCUUGCAAAUGACCCAACCAUUGAACGCAUUAUUACACCUCGUCUUGCACUGACUACUGCAGAAUACCUGGCCUACCAAUGUGAAAAACAUGUGUUGGUUAUUUUAACAGAUAUGAGUUCUUAUGCUGAAGCUUUGAGAGAGGUUUCAGCAGCUCGAGAAGAAGUACCUGGUCGUCGUGGUUUCCCUGGUUAUAUGUAUACUGAUCUGGCUACUAUCUAUGAACGAGCUGGACGUGUGGAGGGCAGAAAUGGAUCCAUUACACAGAUUCCUAUCCUUACUAUGCCUAAUGAUGAUAUCACUCACCCGAUUCCUGACUUAACUGGAUACAUCACUGAAGGGCAGGUCUAUGUUGACCGCCAGUUACACAAUAGACAGAUUUAUCCACCUAUUAAUGUUUUACCAUCUCUAUCACGAUUAAUGAAGUCAGCAAUAGGGGAAGGUAUGACACGGAAAGAUCAUCCUGAAGUCUCUAAUCAGUUGUAUGCUUGCUAUGCCAUUGGCAAAGAUGUCCAAGCCAUGAAAGCUGUAGUUGGUGAGGAAGCUCUCACACCUGAUGAUCUGUUAUAUUUGGAAUUUCUGCAUAAAUUUGAGAAAAACUUCAUUGCACAAGGUCCAUAUGAAAACAGGACCGUAUUUGAAACUUUGGAUAUUGGCUGGCAGUUGCUCCGAAUAUUCCCCAAGGAGAUGUUGAAACGUAUUCCUCAAAGUACACUGGCAGAAUUUUACCCAAGAGAUGCUGCUAAACAUCAGUGAAGUCCCAAAUUAAACAGUGGAAGUUUUAUUUUCAUACUUCGUAAGAAUACAUUUCAUAUUGAAGCAUUCUAUACUUAACACACUCCAGCAAUUGUUUAUAAUUAUUCAUGUUUUUGUAUUGUAAAAAUAGAAAGAUAUACAAAUCAAAGUAUUAAAUUGGAAGUCCAUAAAAUCUGUUUGAAAAAGUCUGAGAAUGCUAAAACUUGCAGAAAACUGUUUACAGCAAUUGAAAUCAUUUGUUUACAAUUUCUACCAGAGUAUGCAUAAAGCAAAAUUAAGUUUAUCUGGAUCUAUUGAAGAUGAGAGCAAUCAGUUUAACUGAUCAAAAUGGUAAGUAUUCUCAUCUCAAAAGAUGAAAUGGAUAUACAAGAAUAUAAUGAAACCAUUUGCAUCAGCUACCUAAACUUAAUUUAUCUUGAAGAAAUUAUUAGGAUAUUGAAAAUUAAUGUCAAUUUCUUGCAUAACUUGUUACCAAGAAUAUAGAAAUUAUUUAAAUUUUACUUUCCUAUGCAACUCAUCUUUUUUUCAAAGAUAAUUAACUGUGGAAGAUAUGUUGAUAAAGGCCCUUGACUCUAAGUAUUUUUCUUGGUGAAUUAUGGAUAAACUAAUUCAAACAAAUGGAUUUGCAUUUAUUAUAUCCUUUCUCUUAUUUUCUAAACUUAAAUUGAAUUAUUUUAAUUUGUUUAUAGCUGUAUUUAUGGUGAAAAUAGUUUUAUUGCAAAUCAUUUUGAACCAAAGCUGGUGAUUAACUUGAUUAUUUAAAUAGACCCAAAUAUGUGGAAUGGAGCUCCAUUCCACUCGCCUCCAAUCAAAAGUAGAAAAUUGUAAGAAUGAAGAUUUAAGAUUUUGGAAUGCUAAUUUUGUUCUUUGUGGGAAGAUCAGAUGAUAGAGUUUUGAUCUUUGUAUAUUAUACAAGAAAAUAUUUGACUUAAUUUUUAUUCCUCAUUAUUGUUCUUUUCAAAGCAACUUCAUACUCAGUCUCAUCUAUAAGUGUCAAAUUACUGAUUAUGAUAUAAACAUCUGUUUUGAAAGUUAGUUUGUAGAGGCCUGAAGGUGUGUACACUGCUGUUAUAUUCCAUAUAUUUGUGCAACUUUUAUUGCGAUGAAAUAAAGUUAGAAAAAGAUAAAGUAGACUUCUAAAUGCUUAUCUCAUCGGGAAAUGUCAAACUUUGCUACAGUGCAAUCCUUUUUGCAGUAGAUACAAAAUAAAAGUGAAUAGACUUAUUAUUGUAGAACAAGACUGUUACUUCUGCACAUCAUAUUCUGUUUUGGAACAUCAACAUGUUUCUGUACUGACUAAAUUUUAAUUUCAUGCCAACAUCAGUUGACUGGAAUGUUGAAGGAGGCUUGCUUUUGUCUUAAUCAGUGCUCUCGCUGUUUGAAAUCACUAAAUGUUUCCAUGUCCCAUACUGGUGUCUUUAGAGAUGCAACAUUUUCAGUUUUUGUGCUCUGUGAUUCUGAUUUUCAUUAUUGAAGACAAUUUUACUUAUUUCCACUCCUUCAUAAAGUACAAAGUUAUUCAAGAAAUAACCUAUUCGGAAUAGAGCAACAACCUCACAGAAACAUGGAAGAGAAAUCUUAAAGAAUUUAAGGAAAGCAAUCAAGUAAACUAUAUGUCAGUGUACAAAAGACAAUUGAAAUAGUUGAAUGAAAUACGAACUGUUUUCCUCUGUGAACAAUGGAUGUAAAAAAAUCAAAUGUACUUUGUCUAUAACCACAGGGUUAUUGUGCUGUGUAACAAUAUAUCCUUUGACUCCCUUCGUGAUUCAUUAUAACAUCUGCAUUAAGAUAGUUAUUUGGAAAUUCCAGUCCUAGCAGUGAUCGGAUUCAAUCAAUAAUAUUAUUGCAGGACAACAAACAAAGUCAAAUACCCAAAUAUGUCUAUAAGAAGGAGGAAUACUUUUAAAGCAAAAUGCUGUUCAUUCUGUAUCUAUCACAGGAUUGUUAUCUAGCUUGGCAUUAAUAUGCACAAUGUUUUGGAUAUACUCAUGAUUGAUUAUAUGCAUAUGCUGUCACUGAUUCAUAACAAACAUAUAACAUUGACGGUCAGAGAAAAAUAUGGCCUAAAGCAUCACUAUUAGGCAUUUACUCCCAGUCCCGCAACAGUCAUCUCAUUCAGUCUUCAAGCUGCAAGCAAAUCAAGACCAAGAGUAGGUGAAAAUUGGAACUAGAUUGUUAUAUUACUGAAUAGUUCGCCAGGAGCCAAAGCUAUUAACAGUUCAACAUUAAGAACUUGCACACAUAGGUUUGAGUCUGUUUCCCAUGAUUUCCUGAGUAGUUCAAACAGUGAGUAGAUGUGAUAUGUAUAAUUAAGAAUUUUUUGUACAACCAAUUGUUAUCAGCUGGUUGGAAAUGUUAAAAUAAAAUCCCAUCCAAACCUAUAAA